AUUUUGCUUAAAGACAUGUCUGGGGUAAGCCAAAGCUUUUCAUGUUCAUCAAUGGAGGAGAUACGUUGUCAUUGUGGUCUUCUUGCACCCGUCAAAAUGUCUUGGAGCUAUGCGAAUCCAGGAAAGAGAUAUCGAGCAUGUCAAAGAUAUGGUGGGCAUGGAAGUUGUCGUUUUUUCCAGUGGUUAGAUUUUGAUGUGAAUGAGCGAGUAGCACAAUUGAUCAGAGGACUACUUAAACGAUUGGAUAAGCAUCAGAAUGAAUUCCAGAAACUUGAAAUUGAGAUGGAAAAGAAGGAGCUUGAGGUGCAGCAACUGAGAGUAGAGAUUACUAGGUGA